AGCAUGCUGGGACUCCGGGGGCUGUGGCUUCCUCCGACAGGGAUCCUGUUCCUAUUGCUGUUCCUGCCAUUGCUGCUGCUGCCUGCGACCCCAGCGCCCCACAGAGCCACCUACAAGCCUGUCAUCGUGGUGCACGGGCUCUUCGACAGCUCGUACAACUUCCGCCACCUGCUGGAAUAUAUCAACCAGGGGGCCUUGUGUGCCGAGCGCUACUCUCUGUCAUGGAUGAUCACAAUGUGGAUUCAUUCAUCUCCCUCUCCUCUCCACAGAUGGGACAGUAUGGAGACACAGACUAUUUGAAGUGGCUGUUCCCCACCUCCAUGAGGUCUAACCUUUACCGGAUAUGCUAUAGCCCCUGGGGCCAGGAAUUUUCCAUCUGCAAUUACUGGCAUGACCCUCACCAUGAUGACUUGUACCUCAAUGCUAGCAGCUUCCUGGCCCUGAUCAAUGGGGAAAGAGACCAUCCCAAUGCUACUGCAUGGCGAAAGAACUUUCUUCGUGUGGGUCACCUGGUACUGAUUGGGGGUCCUGAUGAUGGUGUUAUUACUCCUUGGCAGUCCAGCUUCUUUGGUUUCUAUGAUGCAAAUGAGACAGUCUUGGAGAUGGAGGAACAACUGCCUGUAGAGUCUGGUGCAAGGAGAAUCAUGGGCUCUGGGACUGAGCUGUGCAUUCUGUUAAGAGGACUCUCAUUCCUCCUGCUACUGAUGCCAGGCGAGGGGGCCAAGGGUGGAUCCCUCAAGGAGAGCCAUGGGGUCUGCUCCAAGCAGACGCUGGUCGUUCCACUCCGCUACAAUGAGUCCUACAGCCAACCCGUGUAUAAGCCCUACCUGACCCUAUGCACUGGACGGCGAGCCUGUAGCACCUACAGGACUACAUACCGUGUGGCAUGGAGGGAGGUGAGGCGAGAAGUGCAGCAGACCCAUGCUGUGUGCUGCCAGGGUUGGAAGAAGCGGCACCCCGGGGCGCUCACCUGUGAAGCCAUCUGCACCAAGCCCUGCCAGAAUGGAGGAGUCUGCAUUCGGCCAGACCAUUGCGAGUGUGCCCCUGGCUGGGGUGGGAAGCACUGUCACGUAGAUGUGGAUGAAUGCAGGAUGGGUGUCAUGCUCUGCUCACACAGCUGUCUCAACACUGCUGGCAGUUUCGCCUGUGGAUGCCCUGGUGGCCUAGUGCUGGGCCCAGACAGGCGUACCUGUGCAGAGGGCCCUCAGGAGCCCCCAACCAGUGCCAGCAUCCUCAGUGUGGCCGUUCGGGAGGCGGAACAUGAUGAGCGUGCCCUAAGGCGGGAGAUUAGGGAGCUGCGAGGGCGCCUGGAGCAGCUGGAGCAGUGGGCUGGCCAGGCUGGGGCCUGGGUCCGAGCUUUGCUGCCCAUGCCUCCUGAAGAGCUGCAGCCUGAACAGGUGGCCGAGCUGUGGGGCCGCGGUGACAGGAUCGACUCUCUCAGUGACCAGGUGUUGCUGCUGGAGGAGAAGCUAGGUGCCUGCUCCUGUGAGGACAACAGCUUGGGUCCCGGCCUCAACCGCUGA